AUGUCCUUCCUGAAACCCGCCUCCCGCAAAGGGUCCCUUCCCAUGACAGGGUCCGCGCCCAAAGACGAUACUCCUAUUGAUUUUACGUCUCAAAUUUCUAAGAUGUUGAAACGCGGAUCUCCAUGUGCAACUGGUUCCUUUGGCGUGGUUCAUCGGUGUGUUAUUGGCAAGUCCAAUAAAAGCAAAAAGGAGGUCGCAGUGAAGGUGUUCAAGAUUGAUGAUCAGAGAACUAUAGAGAAAAUUGGAAACGCAAUACAUCGAGAACUCGUGGUGUGGUUUAGACUGAAACACGCGACUAUCGUGCCGCUACUUGGCAUCGCAAACGUCGACUCUCCAUUUCCGGCUCUUGUGUCUCAAUGGAUGUCGUCUGGGACGUUAGAUAUGUACCUCAAGCAAGGUACAAUUGCCCUUUCCGCUAAAGUUGAAUUGGCCAUGGGCGUCGCUAAAGGCCUCAAAUAUCUUCACUCGCAGAAUGUCAUUCACGGAGACCUUCAUCCAGGGAAUGUGCUCAUAGAUGAUUCGGGAAAUGCACGUCUCAUAGAUUUCGGUCUCGCAACAGUCGCAGGGGACGUGGAGUUGCAGUUGUCCACAUUGAGCGUGAACCGCGACUUGGAUUCUCGAUGGCGUGCACCUGAGGUCAUCGGAAUCGAGGACAGUGAUCAUCGUGGUGGAAGGCCUACUUUUAAGAGUGAUGUCUAUUCAUUUGGUGGUAUCAUGUUCUUUAUCAUCUCGGGGGAUAUGCCAUGGAAGGAGAAGAAACCGCCCCAAAUCUGGAUCGCUUUGUCGAAGAGAGCCAUACAUGCGCGUCCCGAUAACAUCCUUGAUGAUGAUUGGGACUUGAUUCAAAGCUGCUGGUCUUGGGACGCAAAGGAUCGCCCAGAGGCAGCGGAAGUCAUCGGACAACUGCAGUCGACUCACUGCAAUAUUCUACAGAUUCGCUCAAGGUUCCGAGUACUGGUCAUUGGGAAGACCGGUGUUGGAAAAUCGUCACUAGUCCACCAGGCAUUCAAAAUAGAUGAAGUAAAUACCAAAAGAGUGUUCUUUGUAUCACCAAAUGGGCGCGUUGUCAUCCACAAUAGUGAGGCAUUCGAAGCCGGUGACAGCAGCAGUUUUGCUGCUGAAAAAGAGUUCGUUGCCCACAGACCCGAGAUGCCCUCACUGAAAGACGAAAUACAUGCCAUCUGGUGUGAUGCUCUAGCUGCUGCUGCAACCACUGCCAUGCUGACACUGUUUGAAGGCUCUGUCUCUCGAUUCCUCAUGCCGAUGGCCGGUCUCUUGAGAGCGGAGUAG